UUAGAUUCAGUGCUACCAGAGCUGUUCCCGUCAACGUAACUUGCAGCGGAAUCGUGCGGGAUAGCAACAUUAUCCUGGCUGAAUAAUUCAAAAGUCGAAAUUAGGGAACAAUAUACGCUUAUUAAAAAGUUAAACAUUAAUAUCAAAAACGGCUCACAGAAGAGAUACUAGUUUAUUGACAGCACCGCACGUGGAAUGGAAGAAAACUCAGCACGAUUUUCCGAUUACUUAUUUGCUCAAAUGUCGUCAGACACCAAUGACGCGAAAGUGGAAUGCACAGAACAGCCUGGUGAAAACAAAGAGUUGACGGGAACAAAGAAAUUGCUUCUGGACAAUUUGCUACUAUUGAUUACCAUUUUGGGUGUUAUACUCGGCAUAAUUCUGGGUUUCUCUUUGCGUUCUGCAAAUCUCUCGGAGAACUCAAUUUUACUACUGUCCUAUCCCGGAGAACUGUUCAUGAGGGUCUUGAAAUUAAUAAUCCUUCCAUUAAUAAUGUCCAGUUUGGUGGUAGGAAGUGCUAGUCUCAAUGCUCGCCUAAAUGGAAGGAUAGCCUUAAGGACUUUACUGUAUUUCUUUUGUACUUCCGUGGUCAAUGCUGUAUUGGGAGUUGCACUAGUGCUUAUAAUUCAUCCUGGAGACACAGGAUUAAAACCGGUCUUGAAGGAAGAGACAGAAUUAACUAGAGCCAGUACGGUUCUAGACAGUCUAUUAGACUUGGGAAGAAACAUCGUUGCUGACAAUAUUUUUCAAGCAACCUUUCAACAAGCCCAUACAGACUACGUUAAUGUCUCUGUCAAGACGUACAAUCCAGAAAACAGUGCUUUGGAUUCUUCAGAAGUAACUGUACGAAUUAUAAAGUAUAGAGCUGGUACUAAUACCUUAGGCAUAGUUUUCUUCUGCCUCAUAUUCGGAACGAUUUUGGGUACUCUUGGAUCAAAGGGUAAAAUAGUGAUAGAAUUUUUUUCUGUGAUAUUCGAUGUAGUAAUGAAAAUGGUAACAGGAGUGAUUUGGCUAACCCCUAUAGGCAUAAGUAGCGUGAUAGCUGGAAAAAUUCUCUCCGUAACUGAUAUAGUGCUAGUCAUAUCCCAACUUGGAUGGUUUAUAGCCACAGUCAUUUUAGGAGUCUUUCUGUACCAGUUGAUAAUUAUGCAGUUAAUAUAUUUGGUUUUUGUCAAGAAAAAUCCGUUCAAGUACUACUUGGGCCUAGUACAAGGAACCCUGACUGCUUUCGCAACAGCAUCCACUGCAGCUGCACUUCCGGUAACUUUUACUUUAAUGGAUGAGAAAGUCAAAGUGGACCCCAGGAUAACAAGAUUCGUUCUCCCCAUCGGCUGCAAUAUAAACAUGGAUGGAACUGCUAUGUUUAUAGCGAUAGCCUCGAUUUUCAUUGCUCAAAUGAAUGGGAUUACCUUAAGAAUAGGAGAAAUCGUUACUGUUUGUUUUACUUCCACAGCUGCGUCAUUUUCGUCUGCAAGUGUGCCUAGUGCUGCACUGGUGCUACUUUUGAUGGUGCUUUCUGCCAUCAACACACCUGUUCAGGACGUAUCAUUAUUAUUCGCUGUCGACUGGUUGGUUGAUAGGUUUCGGACCACUAAUAACAUGUUAGGAGACUGUUAUGCAGCUGCAGUUGUGGAGAAAUUGUCUAAGAAGGAGUUGAUGGCAUGUGACGCACUCCUGUCCCAGGAAACCACAAGUUUCGAAAAUCAUAACAAUGCAAAAAAUUUGGAGAGAGAAUUUAUAGAACCGACUGAUAUUGUUAUCCAAUAAAAUAAGUGUUAAGAAGAUAUUUUAGAAAUUUAUUUUUAGAAUAUUUGUUUAGUGUGCAUGUUAUUUGG